CCUUUGCGUAAAUGCCGGUGUGUGUUUUGUGCGAAAGUGAAACGUUUGAUUCCACUGACGGGCUUUAUUUCUGUCAGAGCUGCGGUACACAGUCACAGGUAAAUGUUAAUGUCAUUCGCUAUAUUAAGUGGCUAAAUACGAGCUCUGAAGUACUUUCAAUCACUCUCAGUACAUGUUUAAAGCAGGUAUAAUUAUUCAUCAGUCAAUUCAGGUCAAUGUCAGCUUCGCCAUGCGUUGAUGCAGUAGCUCACGAUUUUGCUAUGUUUGGUUUGAAAAAAUGCGUAACAUCGUGAAAACUUACCUUUUAAACACUACAAGCUUUUCUAAUCCUUAACAAAUGGGCUAUUAUGUUUGUCUACCCAGUUAUUUCCUCCAUGCUUAGCUCGGUUUGGAUUUUGAGUCCUCCCCCAAGCACACCGGCAAUGGAUGCGGCAUGCACAACUCUGCACUCAAAUUAGGGAAUGCAAUGGAUCCAUAAGAAGAGCUAACUGUCCAACCACAACAUGUAGUAAAAUAUUCAUGCGAUAACAGAACAUUUGAGAUAUUUAUCCAUUUGUUUUGAGCCGAAGGCACCUUGCAAGGUUGAUAAAUUCGUUGCGCACUGUGCACGCACCUUGCGCGUUGAUCACACAGCGAGGCAGAAACUCAAGUUGCGAAUAUUUCUAUACAUGUAUAUCUCUUUGGUGUCUACAGUUGAUGUCAUCCUGUUGUGACAUCAGGGUGCAUUUUAGUGUUGCCAAGCAAUGCUACUUUAAGUGUGAAUGCAAAUGCUGUGGUACACUAUCAUGUUUUAUUCAAAAGUGUGUUUCACUUUGGCUUUUUAUUGUCAAAACCUUAAAAUCUGUACCUUUGAAUUCAUGUUGCACUGAGGCAAACCAACAAUGAAUUGGUUCUUUCCCUGCUAAUCAAUGUGACCGAUUGGUCAAAUCAAAGACUGCUUUCAGCUCUGUUCAUCCAUCCGCCAUUGAACCCGAGAGUGAAUUAAGACUAAAAUAAUGCAAAAUGGCUUUCAAAUAUGCCUUUUAAGCUAAUUUUCCUCAAAUACAUCUUUGAGUGCAUAAUAAACACAGUUCCACUAACUUCAAACAGCAUUCAUGGCAAAGAAAAAUGCUUUAAGUAUAAUAAUUUUAGCAUAACAAUCAUUCAGUGGUUGCGAGGCGCAGUGGUCAAGGAUAUAAUUUCACUUACAGGAGAUUCAGAGGGAGCGAGUUCGAAUUCCAGUGAAGCCAUAAUUUUUAACUUUGUACAUUUUUUUCUUUUUAGUUUUUUGAUCAUUUUUUCUCCUUUGGCUUGUUUUGCUUUAUUUUCACUGCUGAUCCUUUAAAGCUUUACGAGGAUUUUGUGAUAACAUAUUUCUAGUGAUAUAAUUUGUCCAGUUUUGAAAUAUCUAUAGCAACUGAAUCGGUAAUGAUUGGCUUUUCUCUCUCCAAUCAAGGAUAUUAGAGAUGAGGAUGUUGGUGAUGGGGGUGAAGUUCCACACGCUCAUUUGCAGGUGUCAAAAAAGGGAAAGCGGGGAGCUAAGAGACAAUUUUGUAAGUUGGUAAUAGUAUGGCUGUAAGACCAAUUUUUCCUCUUCUGUGAUUAGGCCAUCCCCUUUUUGUUUUUCGUUUAGCAUCAUAUGCAUUUCUUGAGUUCGGGUCGUUCAGUUGGAUAAAAAAAAAGAGGGAAAAAAUCACAAGAAGUCAGAGAACAGGAGGCUUGAAACCCCAGCAUCAUUGCGGUGGAGCCUGGAAACAGCAAGACAUGCACACCAAAUCAACACAAACUCAAUAUGGCGGAAAAUUUGAUGGUCGAUGUCGUAAUAAAGAGCAAACAGGAUAUGCCAACAAAACCCCUAUGCCUGGAAAUGCUGUUGCCAUUUUUCAGAUUAAAAGGAUCAGUUAAAGUCAAAAAAGGUUUAACUACGUCAUUCCUUUUUUUUUGUAAAAUAAAUACCAAAUUUGGGUCGGUCGGAAUUGAUCCUAAAUGGAGAAAAAAGGGAAUGGCCUUGUACAAGUUUGCUUGCAAAAUGGUAAUACAGUUCCCUUCAGGCUUUUCAGGGUUAAUACAACUCUCUGUGAGGAAAUAUGUGUGGUGCAGUAUAUAAAUGAUGGAGUAAUGAGCUAUGAAUGCAACCUCAAUGUGAAUGCAUCUAGUAGGGGUGAUCACUGCCAGAGAUUUGAGGAAAGUACAUAUUUUUUUCCUUAUCUGAUAAGACCAGAAAGUGCAACUAGUUGCAGACCCAGAGCAAAGGUAGCACUUUCUGCUUAGCCUGUGUUGCAGACGUAGUUUAACCUCAGUUAGUAAUGUCUGGGAAGCUAACCACAGAUCCUAAUUGUUCUGUUUCCCCAAAAGACUCAACAAAGUACUGAAAGGGUGUUUUGAAAUUCCUUUCAUCCUGAUUGGCAAAUCAACAAUGGCUUUUGUACCUGUUAGUACACAGGUGGGCACCCAGAGCUGACAAGGAUUUUGGCACUCAGUGUUUCACAGAUAGACUUAACCAGAGUUUAGUUUUGUCUUUGGCACAGGCUAUUUCUCCUCAGUUACUUUAAGACUCUGAGAGUUGGUCAGGUCAAACCCAGGCCUACCAGUGUGUAGUCUGGUAUCCAACCAAUCGGGCUGAACAGGUUUAAGCCAGCAGCAGUCAAUAUUAUACCAAAGAAAACCAAUGUGUUAAUCAAUCAAUACUCAUACAUUACUAUACUUAAGUACAGCUGUACUGUAGGUUGAGCGUGAUUGUCUAGAUGAACGUAAUCCUGAAUAGGACUGUUGUUGACUGUUGUUGAGUCACUGUUACAACUGUUAACAACUGUCCUAUUCAGGACUACAGUACGUUCACCUGGACGAUCAUGCUCAACCUACCUGAGAAAUGGUUAAACCUUUUUACUAUUAUUUUAAUUUGCUGCAAAAAGUCUUCACUCAGCAAUAUUGUUUUAUACAGUUUUGCAAGUAGGUAUCUUUUUUCUUUUCCCUUUGGGCAAUUGCCUGGUAAUAUUUGAUUUUUGUUACUUUGCAUAAUUACAGUCUAACCUCUCCUUAUGGACACCUGUAUAAUACAGACACCUCUCUAUUACAAACAGUUGGUUUGGUCCCAGAAAUGCCAAAAAUCAUACGUUCCCUACCUCUAUAAUACAGACACCUCUGUAAAGUGGACACUUGGUUCUGUCCCUUUGGUGUCCGUAUUAAAGAGGUUUGACUGUAGUUCUUUUUUGUUUUGAUCUUUGUGUGAAACAGUUCCAGAUAAAGGGAAGCCCUGGUUUAUGUAUGAAGCUUAUCAGCACAUAAUCAAAGUUCAAGUGGAAUAUCUCAUUAGAAUUGGAGUUGACCCUGCAUUAAAGGUAAAAAUUCCAUUCUUUACCCAAAAUGUUGUUAUAUCUAUAUGUAUAGCUGAAAAAUGUUUGCACGAUCAUUCGUUGUCACUAAUGUCUCUCCUUGCGGGGUUACUACAAUGAGGGCCUUUAUCUCAUUUUUUUACUCAAAAACAUAGCAUUAUGCAUGUCUAGCUUGGCAGUGAAAAACGUGACAACAAGUUCAGAUUCUCAUGGAUGCUUUAUGAAAAGGAACUAUUAUGCAACUUAUUUCCUGUAAAAGUUGGCUUCCACUUUGCUUUCACCUGCUUUACUGUGCUAAUAAUGUGCUUAAUGACUGGUCCUUCAAGAAACCAGUCAGUGUUGUUUUUGUCAACCAAUUUCAAUGUUUCACUUGGCUCCACCUCAAGAAACAUUGAGUUUAUAAGGAAGCAAAAUAAAAAACUGUUUACUCUGAAACCAGUUAUUGAGUCUUGCACAUUAUUCUUAAAUUUAAUUUUUGGAGCUCAGCUUUCUGGUCUUCGUGAAGUCUCAAAGGGUACCAAACUUGUUAUAAAAAUUUUGUUUGUAGGAUGUUGUUUUUAAACUGUGGUACAAGUACCUUCAGAUAACUGGUAAUGCCUUUACGGGGUCCCCCGGAGGACAGAUAUCAACUAAAGCUGCUGUUUUUUACUGCCGUGAUGCUGAGUUGCUUGGCAAGAAUAAAAGAAAACGUGGACAGCAGAAGAGUGAUGUUGGUGAAAAUGAUGAUGCAGAUGAUGAUGAAUUAGAACUGUGUUCACACUUCAGUGAUGAAGAAUUUUAUGAAGGUAUGUUUUGGUCUUAGCUUUAUUUUUCUGAGAACAAGGGCAUAAGUGAUUGAAUUUUAAAAUUUUUAUUAUUAUUUCUUCCACUUGCCUUCUUUUCUUUAACACACAGACUGUGAUUUAGCCACUAGCUUCUGUACACUUAUAAUUAUGGCCCAGUUUACCCAGAAACAUUGCUGAUCCUCUCAAUCAUAGGGCUUUCCCCUGCUCAUCAUUUCCCCACUAUAAGAGGUCAGAAACACUUUCUUCUUUUAAGAACCAGAUGUGAAAAGUGGACAUUGAGAACCUUCUAGUGAUGUAAGCUCAAUGAUAGAUGAUGGAUGUAAGAGCUGUUCUCUCUGCAAAUCAUAGCCAUUUAAUUUUACAAUUCUCUCUCAGUUAUUUCAGAUUAUCAUUUGAGUAUAAUAUAUUAUGCAUAGUUUAAAUAUUUUUUAUUUUUAUAUUUUAUAGGUAAUUCCAAUUAUUUAAUUUAUAAAAUAAUUGUGUCCCCAAAUUAGUAUGGGGUUGCCCCCAAGCUAUACGGCUCUGACACAUUUAUAAAGUUUUCUAUUCUAUUCUAUUCUUUCAGAGGCAUGUAAGAACUGUCAGCUGUGCAAUGCUUAGGAUAAAUUUUCGUUAUUAUUUUUUUAUAUGUAUAUAGUUUUCUGCACACAUUUAUAAAUCUUUUAUAAACAUAGUAGUAACUCAAUAUGGAGUGGGAAGGGGUUAAAAUAGGCAGGCAGUGGUUUUCAAGAGUGGAUUUUAACGUAGCUAGUUACAAUAUAGGUGUCCAAAAUUAGUUAACACUGUGUGUAAGCUAGGAAUUUUGACAAUUAAUAAUUUCAAGUAGCAUUUCUUAGAAUCAACCCAGUGUUGAACCUAAGAUCAGAUGGGCCCAGUGUUGGGUGAUAUUGAUUUUUGGCUGUCAUCAAGAAGUACAUGUAGCCUUUGACUGUAUUUACAAUUAAAAAAACAACAGCAACAUUUUUAUAUGGGUCAGUUUUCAAUGAUCUGAGCAAUAAUUUAUUUUCACAUAGAUGAUGACCCUUCUAAGGUUCCAUUGAAAGAUGAUGUUGAUGAAGCUGCCAAAUCUACAGUCUGUCCAGAGGACAUCAGAGAACUGGAUGAAGAAGUUCUUUCAAAUGACGACAGCUUAGAGAGUAGUGAAGAUGAAUUUGUUGGUUCAAUCACAGUUAAACAGCAAAAGCAAUCACAUGCUCGUCGGUCAAAUAAACAAACAAAUAGAGUGCGUAAUGGCCAUGUUUCUCUCAAAUUUACUCUGGCUUUCUGCUACCUUGGCUUGCUGUGGAUCAAUGAACCAGUGUUUCUGAGCGAUUUAAUGAGGUUUGUACAGGAAACUUAACUAGGCAACUACUAAGGCAACAUGUAUGAAGUGGUUGGACCAUCCUACUUAUUGAUCUUGGGUUUACUUACAAUUCUUUGUUCUUUCCUUUUAGCUAAAAUGCGUUAUGACUCCAGAAUAAUGGCUAGUCAACAGUAACUAAAACAAAAGAGAGUUGGUGAUACUUGAACAUCUCACAUUGAAAAAAGGUCUUCUUAGUAACAGUUUUAUUUUGUAUUAAGGUACUUUCAACUGUCAUAGCUUUUGCAAAAGAGUACAUCUUGACUGAUGAGUCCAAUUCAACAUGGAAUGGUUUAUACGCCCCAGUGCAUCUACCUUACAUUUGUGUAUGUACUUGUGGGACAUAAUCCAAUUUAGUAUCUGCUUACGCAAUAGAACCGUAACCCUUCCACUCUUGCACCAAGUUAUGACCAAGCUUACAUUUUUCACUCCUUAAGAAUCUGUGCUUAAAUUCUAUGGUGUUACCAUUCAAAGGAAACCUCUUUGGUAGAAGUUUUGCGUAAUACUAUUUAUUUGUUAGAAUAAUACAAAAAUAUAUUUGAAUUUUUUCUUUGGUUGGCAGAAGUGUCUAGAGCACAGAGUCAUAUUUUUCUUGUUAUGUUAGUCAAUCUUUUCCAUGAUAGAGUCUGAAGUUUUUGGCACUGCAAAGGUAAAUUUUCGUAGCCAUAUUUUUACAAAUUAUUAGUUUUUUUUUUUUGUAGGUGGGCCAAACAGGGCCAGCUUCCUUUCUUCCAGGUUACAAGACACAUGCCAGGGCACAUGAAGUUUGGACUCGGUGAUUUUGCUUGUUUGUGUCCCAGAAAGUAAGUGCUUAUACCCUGAUUUAUUUACUGUCAUGAGCCUCUAGCUUUGGAUUACAAAUGGGUACUUGUACACUGAAAAUAGUCGCCGACAGUUAAAAGGAAGAUUCUACAGGUGAAUAUUGAAUACAGUCAAACCUCCACUAACGGUCACCUCUCCACAAAGACUGCCUCUCUACAACGGCAACUUUGUUUAGCAGACAGUCUAUACAUUGACUCUUUUGUAGACCUCUCUACAAUGGCCACUAUGUUCUGUUCCCAAGGUGGCCAUAGUGGGUAGAUCCAACAUACUAUACUCUCUUGACACCUAUCUCCACCCUUGUAAGGUGUGCUGUAAGUGUAAAUGUACACCUGUCUAAGACUUAAUAGAUAUCAGUAGUUACCUGAACCCCCUUGAGUGCUCUAUAACAAAAAUUUUUGUGCUAGCUUGUCAACCGUCCUACAGGAUGCAAAGAUGGUAAGUUUUACAGCUUGCCAUUUGGGCAAACUGUAGCUCGCAUGCACAAGCAUUAAAGUCAUUCCAACUUGCCCCCUCCUCCCCCCAUUUUUUUUUUUUUUUUGAGCAUUGAUUACCGUUCUUUUUUAAUAUUUAAAUUCUGAUUUAUUCAAUUGGGGCUAGGGAAUGGGAUGUCAACAUUAACAGUGUAAUUUACAAAGAAGAAAAUUAAUUAAAUGCAUAAAAGCUACCAACUUCCUGAAAUAACUGAUGUGCUAAAAAUGCAGAUCAAUAAAGAUAAUUUAACUUGAAUAUUUGUGGAACAUGUGUAAUGUGGCAACAUAAUCAUAAUUAUUAUAGUGACACUCACGUUCACAAUAAUGGAGACGUACAUGCAGGAAGCAAUAUAUGAAACUCUCAGAAGCCAGGGACUAGUGAGCUGAUGUCAUUUACUGAUCUCAGCUCACCAAUCUCUGCUUUGGACGGAGUUAAUACCACAUUAGUUUGGUUUGUUGACAUGAGACUUGGUGACAAAUACCAGUAAACAGACAGAGAAGUAUUGAAAAUAGGGAGGAAUUUAUUGACUUUGAAUUGUUAGACAUAAAAAAAAACUCGUUUCUCUGAUAUUAUUUUCUUAUUAAUGAUCAGUUACAGUAACAACUUAUUCUUAUCUAAUUAUUUUUAUUGAAGAAGAAAUUUUUAGUGAAACUAAUUUUUUAUUUCCACUACCACAAAUUGAUUGCAGUCUAGUUACUUGUGAUCACAGUUCAUUGUAAUCAUCAUGAGAUAUUACGUUUUCUUCUUCUUCUUUUCGUCUAUUUUAGAAUCCCUCUUUUCAAAAACAUUCUCCAGAUAGCGGCACAAAUUGCAAAAUUAUUACAGCUUCCUCAAUUUCCAGAACAGAAGUGGUUCACCUACACUGCACGAUAUAUCACAGACCUUCAUCUGCCAGGUGAUCUUAUCUUUUUUUUCACGGGAGGAUAAGCAUCUUUUCUUUGUUUUAAGUGACUUGAUCAUCUACUAGAUUCUUCUUCUAAUUUCCUUUUAUUGACUUGUGAUUUAGAGGAGAAUUAGCCUGUUCCAGGCUCUGAGAUAGUAGAAGUGUCGUGAAAAUAAAACAAGCCAAGCGAAAAUAGGAUGCGUGCGAUCACCGCCCUCUCUCUUUCCAGCCCUCACAGGUUUUUUAUAGCACUAAUUUACUGCACAACUGCAUGUGAAAAGAUGUUGUUUUGCUUAUUAAACGGAUUGCUUUUUUGCCGUUCUUGUUGCCGUCGCCAUCAUUGUUGCUUAAACUCCCUAGUAUCCCGUUCUCGUAGUUGUCCUCACCUUCAGAAUUUAAAGGUCUAUAUUAAUAGUUUUCUUUUGUGUAGUGUUCCCCACCCCCUUCAUAUUAAAGCUUUUGAAGUAUCCUUCAUUGCUGCUCUCAAACCAUGCCAUUCGCAUAUUAAUUUUUACAGGUUUCUUGCAUGGCAUUGUGCGAAGCCUGAUGGAGAAAGUCAAAAUAAAGGGAACAAUCUAUCCUGCUACCCACACGGGCCGUCAAUCCUGUAUUCCCAACUUUGAAGCUGGUGCUAUGGCAUUUAUUGUAGUUGCCAUGAAACUCUGCUAUGGAAUUGACGACAAAACUGAAAGGUAACGUCAAUUUUAAUGUACUACUUUUUGAUUAGGCAGAAAAGCUGGGGUGUAGAUUGCUGGUGUGUAUUUCCACAGUGAAGUUUCGAAGGUGUUCUAUGUUCAUGUUAGUUUCCCUUGCACUCACAAAAAUUAUCGAAUGUAUAGUAAGCUCCCCCCCCCUCCCCCAUAACUAUAUGCUGUGUUCCUAUCAAUAUAUGUUCGUCAUACAAAAGUAAUUCUUAAUCGGUACAUGAAGCUAGUUUAGUGGUCUGUUAACUGCACUUUGUUUUCUCGCUGUGCUUCUGCUUAUAUUCAAAACGUUUUAUCUUGACUAAAAACUUUUCUUCUGAUCGAAGUGCUACUUCCAUGUCCUUCGCAUAAUCUCAUAAUGUAUGAACAAAAUGAGGGGCCAUUCAAACUGCCAGAAUUUACCUUCUUUAAAAAGUGUGCAAGUUUUUGUAACAGAACUUGCACGGUUCCCUGUAAACGGGUUGCACAGGACCCAGGUAAACGUGGUCUACUUCGUGGUAAAUGACCUGAAUAUUCCCCUCAAGUUCAAACGAACGCCGAUGCCACCUGAAAGAAAGCCGAGGGCAUUUAAGGUGGCUGAACAGAGUUUUGCGGGCGGUCAGCAGUAACUCGCGUGACAGCCCGUGUUAAUUAGACAAUAAAACAUGGCGGCAAAAAAAGCAGUGGUCCAUGUACAUUUACACAGAAGACAAUUUCUCAAAGUCUACUCAUUACAAUUUGUAAUAUUUGGCAGAACUUUUACUUUUAUCAUAUUUUAAAUAAUUAGAACUUUACAGUGGAAGUUGAACAGACGAAUUUUGUGACACCUUUAAUAAUUACAGUACAAUCAUAUUAUUGAUUAUCUAAAAACCCGUCUGUUUUUCAAAUAAGUUUCAGAUGGUGAUGAUUAAUAAUUAAUAUAGUAAGCCGUGUGAAAGUUUAUAAGAAAAUCUAAUGAGCAAAUUGUAUGUAAACUGAGCAAAAGUGAAAUGUUAAGGUUGUAUUCAAUCGUUCAUGUUCCUAUGGAAACUACGAAAAUGUCACAUUUUACCUGUCAGUCAAAAUCUUUCAUCAGUAUAUUUUUCACUUGCCAAGUUUCAGCUUGUGAGCUGCAACCUUUCUCUUGUCAUGAUUUGGCAAAUGACAUACAGUAUACUCACAAACUACCAAAACUGUGUUCCGCCACCUUAAUUGAGAAAUAGACCUUAUUCAAGAUGCCCGCCUUCUUUGCACGUGCUUAAGGACUGAUGGGAUUAAAGCAACGUCACGUGGUUUGUCAGGGGGCAAACAAGUGAAAAAUAUUGCAAAUGGAAGAAAUCGCGGUUGAGUUUGUUUAUUCUAGACAAUAGGAAAUGAAGACCUUUCCAUCUUAAAGACGAUAAUGUCAAAAUAUGGAUGGAAGUGAUCAUUGUUACUUUUUUGUAUGCAGUAGCGACCGUAGAUGUCCACAUGGCAAACUGUACUGACGUAAAUUUUGCCAAAACUCGAUGUGUACAUUUUGCAUGACUAUGAAAUCGUCGUGUAGAAUAAACAAACUCGACCGCGAUUACUCGUAUUGGCAAAUUUUAUCACUUGUUUGCCCCCUGAUGCUAGAGCGCGUUCAAAGAUGGUGUAUGGUGAAUAAGGUCUAUUGUGGUACGCUUAUCUUAUUGUAAAGCGAAACCUUGAAACCACUUCUAAGUUUUGAUCUGUUAAUGACUGGACGGCUCUUUACUUGCAGGAAACAAGAAGCAAGUGCAGAACCAGUAUUGUCAAGCUCUGAAAACGAAUAUUGUGAAACAGUUCCUCUAUUUACUGACUGGCUGAAAAGCUGGAAGUCCUGCGAGGCCAAAAAGAUGGAAAAUGGAAUCCCGUGGACAGACGAACAGUUUAAACUCGUGCGUAAUCCCACAGCUUACGCUUCCUUUUGUAGAUCAGAUAUAUUUGGCUCCUGGGAACCCACUGAUAAGGUUUACACUGGAACUCAACAGAAAAACUUUCGCGUGAACAGAACAACAAACGAGGAGAGCCAAGACAGAUACGCGCAACUUUUCAAAAGUCUCAUGAGCCGAGAAAAAGAGCAAGAGUUUAGUAAUUUGACCACUCCCCAAGUGACAAGUUUUCCUUGCACGUGCACGCACGGGAAUGGUGACACGUGCUCGCACGAGGCUGCAGGCAGCAAAGAGCAUUGCUUUGCGAGAUUGCGCUCCCGUGGAGUCAACCAAGUCACAAUGUUGGAGGAUGAACACGAUUCUAAGUACAUUUGCUACUUGCUGAAUAAAAAUAAUCAAACUAGCUUUCAUAGCUCUUACGAAACGCUUCUCAACAUUUUGGCAGAUCGCAUAGAGAUGAAACCAGUGGACAUACAAGUCAAAGUUAGUGAACUUGAAAAUGCUUUGUUUUUCUCAAAACCCCUUCGUUCUGGGUGGCUAUAAAUGCGAAUAAAACUUACCUCUAACAAAAUGUUUGUGUGCGCUUACUAACCUACACGAAAACAAGUGG